CGGAAGGGGUCAAAUCUAUGUCUUCUUUGGAUCUUCUCUGCUCUGAACGAGAUCAAGAGCAUUUUUUUAAUCUUACCCUUUGAAGGACCACAUUGAAGGUCCUAUCCACUAAUUCUUAAUUCUAGGGUUUAAGGGUACUGAUUUGCAUUAAUCUGCCUUUCUUCUGGCAAUAAUGCUUUGGGCAGAGUACCUCAUUUAUUGGCACUAGUUGUAGAUGGCAAUCAUCAACCCAAAAAUUGCAUCAUCAACUAUGGAUGUUGCAGUUCGGAUUGCCUUGUGCAAGAAGAAGGCUGAUGAACCAAAUCUUACUCAAUCCGAUCUUCUGAAAUGGCUUCAAGACGUUUACAAUAUAAAGGUGACCCAAAGUACAAUUUCCAAUACUCUUAAAAAAUCAAGGGAGCUUUUAGACAAAGACAUUGGUCGUCCAUGUCCAACUAUGGAUUACAGGAUUCGAAUUGCCUUAUGCAAGAAGAAAGCUGAAGAACCGAAUCUUACCCAACAUGAUCUUCUUAAGUGGCUCCAUGAAGUGUACAAUAUCAAGGUCACCCAAGGUACAAUUUCUAAUACUCUUAAGAGGUCAAAAGAGCUUUUAGAGCAAGAAAAUCAUCCCCCAAACCUUAAUGUUAAACGUCAGAAAGCUGUAAAGUAUCCAAUGAUGGAGCAAGCACUUUAUGAAUGGUUUGUUUCUUAUGAGAAUGAAGUUGACUUAAAUGGAGAAUUGAUAAAACAGAAAGCAAAGGAUUUCUUAUUUAAGUUUUAUCCAGAUGCUAAGGCUUUUGAAUUUUCUAAUGGAUGGCUUCAAAGCUUCAAGAAACGUCACGGGAUUAAAUUGUUUCGGAAGCACAAGGAAAGAGGAUCUGUUGAUAUGGUGCAACUUGAAACAGAGCUUCCUCGUAUCCGUGAAGUGCUUGAUCAGUACAAAUGGGAUGACAUUUAUAAUAUGGAUCAGACUGGAUUGUUUUACCGGAUGCAGGCAGACAGUUUUUUAGCCACUAAACAACUUGAGGGCAGAAAAGCAAUCAAGGAACGUAUCACAGUUGUCCCAUGCUGCAAUGGCGAUGGUUCCGCUAGGUUGCCUUUGUGGGUGAUUGGGAAGUUUUCAAGUCCACACUGUUUAAAUAAUGUAAAUCUUGAGAAUCUUGGGUGUAUAUAUCGUGCAAAUACCAAGGCAUCAAUGACAGUUGCCCUAUUUAUUGAGUGGCUGAAAUGGUUUGACAGUCGAAUGCAUGGAAGAAAUGUUCUCCUCAUUUUGGACACAAGUAGUACUCUUGUACCCUUAAGAGACAUUCCACAACUAGAGAACACUCAAGUUUUCUACCUUCCAGCUAACACCACUUCAAAAAUUCAGCCUCUAGAUGUUGGGAUUAUCAAGAGCUUGAAAGCUUGCUAUCGAAGGCGUUUCAACCAAAAACUUCUUCGUGCUUUGGAAAUUGGUGUGGACCUUACGACUGUUCGUCCAAUCAAUAUUCUUGAAGGUAUUGGGAUGUUAGUUGAAGCAUGGGAGAAAGAUGUCAAGCAUUCAAUACUAGUAAAUUGUUUUCAUUACUGCAAAAUUAAGUCCAUGUCUCUUCAAGUGGAUGUAACUGAAGAAAUGUUAGAAGAUGCAGAAGUAAUGUCUGAACUAAUGGAGCAAAUCCAUCAACUACCUUACUCUAGCCCCAUGGAUAUCAAGGAUUUUAUUAAUUAUCCAAGGGAGAGUGAUGUAGCAUAUUUUCCAACAGAGCUCGAAAUAGUUCAGGCAAUUGGGUCACAUAAUGGGGAGAUUGAAAGCCAAAAGGCUCCCAGCUCCGAGGACCAAGAAGAUGAUAGUGAAGAGCUUCCCGAGCUAAAGCCAAGUGAAGUAACUAACAUGCUUAGUCUUUGUGAGGGAUUCUUUUUGCAGCAAAUGGAAAACCAACAGCAAAAUAUUAAAAUGAUUCGGGAGUUGAUAUUUAAUGUACAGCAUCGCAAAUAAAGGGUUUCGACCUGCUCUUGUGUAACGUAAAUUUGAGGUUAGAUGUAUAAUGUAAGUGAAUGUUAAUAGUA